CCGACGUAAUUGAAUUGUCUUAUGAAUUCUAUGAGCUUCCUCUCACUUAAAAGCGAAAACUUGCCUAAUAUUGUAUGAAUUUUGCAGCCUUAUUGCGCUAAUUCUACCUAUAAGGAGGUAAUUGGGUGAAAAUAUAAAAAGAGAGACGACGUAUAAGAAGUAGGGGGCAACGAGAUAGCCGCUCAGGAUGCACAUUGAAGAAAUCUCCGAGGAGGUUGCGGAGCGCCUAAAGCUCUCUCCAGCUGAGAGUGAGAAAUCCGAAUCGCAACAGCAAGAAACAUCGUCGCAAGAUGUCUCCAAGCCGGUAUCAGCGGCCGUAUUUCCGGAGCCCGAGCCCGGCAACAAGAAGUCCAUAGACGAGAUCGUCGCGGACCUGAAGAAGACGCCGUUUUUCAUGACGGAGCUGGAGGAGAACGACCAGACGGAAGCAUUCAAGGCGCUUGCGUACGAGGGGACGCCGCUCGAGAACGGCUCCGACUUCAAGGAGCGCGGCAACGAGUGCUUCCACGAGAAGCGCUGGGCCGACGCCAAGGAGUUCUACACGAAGGGCGUGCUGGUCCUCGCGGCCGAGGAGCGCAAGCGCGCGCGGGGCGAGCGGGACCCCGAGGUGGCCGACGAGGAGGUCGGGAGGCAGAGGGCCGUGCUGGAAUCCCUGUACGUCAACCGCGCCGCCUGCCACCUCGAGCUGAAGAACUUCCGCAGCUGCUGGCUCGACUGCGCCGCGGCCCUGCGCCUCAACGACCGGAACCUCAAGGCGUACUACCGGUCGGCGCGGGCGUUCCUCGCCGUCGGGCGCGUCGCCGAGGCCGACGACGCGUGCGCGCGGGGGCUGGCGCUCGACGCGGACAACGGGCCGUUGCGGGCCGUCGCGCGGGAUGUCGUCAAGAAGCACGAGGAGGUGACGGCGAAGCAGAAGAAGGAAAGCGAGCGGCUGGCUCGGGGGAAGCGGAGGGAGGCGCUCGUCAAGGUGGCGCUCAAGAGCCGGGAGAUUAGGACGCGGACGACUGCGCAGCCGCCGGAGAUGGAGGACGCGGGGAUACGAUUGGUGCCGGACCCGGACGACCCGCGCAGCAGCCUGAGCUUCCCGACGGUGCUGCUGUACCCGGCGCACCUGGAGUCGGACUUCAUCAAGGCGUUCGAGGAGACGGCGGCGCUGGCGGACCACCUGAGCUACGUGUUCCCGCUGCCGUGGGACGCGGCGCGCGAGUACACGCUCGACGGGGUCGAGUGCUACAUGGAGACGGCGGCGGGCGGGCUGGUCAAGGUGGGCAAGAAGGUGCCGCUGCUGAAGAUGCUGAUGGGCGGCAAGGUCGAGGUCGUGGACGAGGUCGUGAAGAUCUUCGUGCUGCCGAAGGCGAAGGCCGCGGCUUGGGUGCAGGAGUUUAAGGAGAAGAAGAAGGCGGAGAAGGGGGGGAGUAGCUAGUUUACUCGGAUAGGAGUUACCUACCUCUAAUUUAAGAUGAGGAAGACAACAAAAAGGGGAUUUUUUGAGUCACUAUUUUAGGUCCUGCUCGGGAUUAUCUCUGUCUUCCAUGAUAAAUAACCUCUUAAAGUACCUCCUAACGUAUUGACAUGGACCUGGCUGGUUCAAGGCCUCGUCUUUACUUUUACUAUUUUCGUAUUCAAAUAAACGCAUAGCAGGAUAAUACACAGGUAAGCAUAGCAACUCGUCUAGAUACACC